AUGUAUGCUCGAUUCGUCCCUUUCGUAGCCUUGUGCUGCCUUGCUUGUACCAACCUCGCCUCUCCUCUCCAGGACAGACAGGCAUCUGCUCCAACAGUUACCGUCUCGAACGGAGUGAUCGUGGGAACGACAACGCAAUAUGCCGAUGCCACAGCAACGAACAACAAAUUCCUCGGCAUCCCCUUCGCAAAGUCCCCUCCUCUGCGGUUCGGUAUGCCUGAAGCCGCAGGGCCUUGGAAUUCCCCCCUUGUCGCCACCACGUUCAAGCCUGGAUGUCCUCAGACGACUGCCAUCCCGGAGCAGAUACCGAGCGGAACGAGCGAGGAUUGCUUGUAUCUGAAUGUUUUCACGCCGGCGGGUACCACUGCGUGGAGCAACAAGACUGUGUUGUUUUGGGUGUAUGGCGGGAACUUGCAGUCUGGUAGUGCGGCGAUCGAUUUGUAUGAUGGCUCGUUCAUGGCUGCCAAUCAAGAUGUCGUUGUGGUCAGCUUUGGGUAUCGUAUAAAUGCUUUCGGCUUCUCAAACGCCCCUGAGAUUCCCAUCUCGGAGCAAAACGUCGGCUUCUAUGACCAGAGACUCGCACUCAAUUGGGUCCGGUCAAACAUCCAGGCUUUCGGUGGCGACCCAGAGAAGAUCACAAUCUUCGGCCAAAGCGCGGGAGGUUACUCGGUCAAGUAUCUGCUCAGGCUGCCGCCAGAUCCUCUGCCAUAUCGAGCGGCCAUCAUGCAGAGCCAGGCGACGUUGAUCCUCGGUAAUGGCGCUGACAGCUGGAACCGCCUCGCUGCGGAGCUGGGAUGUACAGGACCUUCGACACUGGCUUGCGUGCGGGCGGCGGAUGGACAGCAAGUAGAAGCCAUCGUCACGAACCAGUCCCUUGGGUUUCCGCCCGUUGAGGAUCGAAUCACGUAUCUUGAGGAUGUAUAUCCGGACUUCGCCAGGGGCGCUGCAAACGUUCCUGUAAUGCUCGGCACGAAUGGCCAAGAAGCCUCAAGAAUCCCCUUCUUGCUUGGCCUGAACGGCACUCCAGUGAUAGAGAUCGUCCAGCUGCUCACAUCUUUCCUUCCGGUGGUUGGCGAUGUGCUCACCAACAUACUGAAUGCGAUUCUGAGGAACAAUCCGGUGUACAAUCUCGUCGACGCCCUCAUGACAAACCUGGUGUUCCAGUGUGCUACUGCGAAGCUCACUCAGAUGAUCCACGACAGCGGUAGACCAGUUUGGCGAUACUUUUACAAUGCUUCAUUCCCGAAUACCACGCCGUUCCCAGGUGCUGGGGCAUACCAUGGUGCUGAGAUCCCAGAAGUGUUCGGUACCUACUCGCGCGAGAAUGCCACAGCACAGCAAAGAGCACUGAGUCAAUAUAUGCAAAGCGCUUGGGCGAAUUUCGCCAAAAACCCUACCAGCGGGCCUGGUUGGCCUGCGUAUGGCUCUGCGCAGAAUGUGGCGAAUCUCGGGAGUAAUGGGAGCCCUGGAGAAGUGACGAUUCCUCCUGCGCAGAUUGAUGGGAUUUGUGGUCUACUUGGUGUACUGGGCGGUUUAAACACCGCAUUGGGUUCCGCAAAUGCUAGCUCGCCCGUCGCUGGAGCGCUUGAGCAGACAUUGCGGUUGGGAGAGUCCUUGGCAUAA